AAAACAUUUGACAGCUGUUAACGAAAACAGUCUCAGUACAUUUUGUGUCGGAAGUACAUCAAUCGAUUUUCGUUCAAAUUCAAAAUUUUCUAGAAUAUAUCUAAGAAACAAUGAAGACUUCUCUUAUCAUCUUGGUCAUCUUGGGUUUAACUUUUGAGAUCACCCACAGUGAAAUAUGCCAGUGCUUAAGUUACUUAAUCUCUGAGGGAGGAUUAUCGAAUGAGAAUAAAAUUACGUCCAAUGAGUUUGAUCUCAACGAUACACUAUGUGAUGGCGAUUUGCUGAUGCAGUGUAAAUCAUUUUGCGUCGAAAUGUACAAAGAACUGACAGACAAUGGAAGAACAUGUUCAGUAAUGCCAAAUGAUAACAAGAGGUUUGGUGAUUGGAUAUGCGAAGCACUCAAUCGCAAUGUAUGUAACGCAAGGGUGGGAAUCUUCGUACAGAGUUGUGGUAGCGACGUUGUAGAUACAGGAUUUCGAUUUGUAGAAACAAUCUGCUGCAAAUCUGGAAGAAGCAUUCAUUGCUAAAAUGGAAUUUUAAGAAAUUAAAAGAACUUUUUUAAAUGAACUGAGAAUAAUGAAAAGAGAUGAAACAUCGGCCAUUUUAAAAGACUGAAAUUUAGUAUUAUAAAAUUCUUAUAUGAAUACCUUUGCAAUAAAAUGAUAAAUUUCAAUACCCUA